AUGGCGGUAGCCGUACUGCGCCCGUUACGCGGCUCACGCGUGUCCUCCUUUUAUCCUGUCAAAACUCUCCCGUCCUUGUCCUCUCUCGAUAGCGCAUUCCAACUCCAAGAAUACAUUUCGCUUCUUAUUCGUCUUGACGUCCAUGAUGUGAACUCAAUAGUGUCUCUUCCGGGGAAAGCUGCUUUCAAGGACGCCGAAGAAAAGUCUUCUGAUCUUCCUGAUCUUUCUGAGCGUAAACCAGAUAAUCCUGAACGCAAGAGCGACGUAACAGUCGACCGAGGUUGCUGGAUUUACGAACAACUACGACGUCUCGCACAAGACCUAUCUCAUCCCCUCAUCACAAUGUUGCAGCAGGAAUGUACUCGUAACACCUGUCCCGAGAUGAAGGCGGGAGAGUGGUUAUAUUUGUGCGUCGCACACGGUAAUGACGGUGCUAUGGAGCAAUGCUGUGCUAUUGAUUACAUCCUUCAUACGUUGGAUAGCGCAACCGCACUAUUAAAUUCACCUCGAGCUUUCCCAUCUCGGUACGUCAUGAUCACGUCCUAUAGAAUCUUUCUUGAUAUACCUGCCUUCGAACUCAAUCAAUCAUACGUACUUUUCGCGAUAAUCAGCCUUUCGAUACCUCCUACCUCAUAUCGACACUUCUCUUCGCUUGCUCGUCGGCUUGGUAGAAUAUUUGCCCAUGCGUAUUUCCACCACCGAGAAGCCUUUGAACAAGCGGAGGCCGAAUCAUCGCUCUAUGCCCGCUUCUUAAAACUUACUAGUCAAUUCGAUCUCGUCCCUACCGAGUUCCUUGUCAUCCCCUCAGGUGCUGUCCUAUCGGGCAGAAAGGGACGCGAUGAGGAUGUCGAACCUCCACGUCUUCUUGCAGCGGCCGUCAAUCCACCGCGUGAGCGGGAAGAUCAAAAUGCACCUACAGCAGAACAAGCACAACCUCCGAAUGUUCGCGAGAAGAGUCCUCCGGGACUGUCCAGUGACAGCCCGAUUGGCACCGACAGUCCACGCCGGCUGGGACGCAAUCGCACAGACACUAUGGUGUUCAGUGAGGGGUACAAUGUUGCAGAGGAGCUUGCAAAAGGCGGCGACCAUGGUGUCACCGAAAGCGAUGCUUUAUUGCAUACUGCGCUAUCUGCUGAGCCUGAGAGCUAUUCGCAAGCCUCGUGGUCCAGCCAGCCGAGUGAGUUCCCUCCCGACAAAUUUGGGUUUGACGUCGAAGAGGUCCCCGUCGAAGAAGUGCUCGUCGACGAAGUGGCAACCGUCACCGGAUCAAACUCUCCACCUCUGGAAGAUCUAUCCUUGGCGUUGCUUGGGGACACCAGCUCAGCUGCCCCUGCUGAGCCGCCUGUACUGGAACACGAGAUAGAGACGAUUCCAAUUGUUGAAACAAUUGAGACCAUUCAGGAACAGCCAGCUGUCGAGCCUAUAGUUCCUCACGAAAAGACCGCUGCCCCGGCCGAGCCUUCAAGCCCAGUAGCCUCUGCAGCUACCGAAAAUGUUGAGCCCGGUGUUACAGAACCUGAUGUUGUGGAGGAGCCUGUAGCUGCUGAAAAAUCUGAUUCACCGGAGCCAGUUCCAGAAUCUGAAAAAUUACUUGAAACACCCCUCGACCCUUCUCCUGAGGCAGAUGCAGUAGUCGCCCACUUCGUGGAACCUCCCGUGCCAUCAUCUCCUGAAUCUGUCUCCGUCGAGGACUCCCCCACGGAGCCCGAGGUUAGCCUUAACCUGAGCGAACCCCCGCCGUCAGAGCCAAUACCCCCAGAGAGCGAGAGUGAUAUCACGGAUGAGGUACAUGAUAUGGAUGAGGAGGCGGAGGUGGAGGUGGAGUUAGUGGAGGAGAAUUCAUGA